CCGCCCGCGCCCGUAGUAUCUUCGGCAACUGCCAUUCGUCUCAAACGAUUUCACCUUGCUAUGAAUAAAAACGGUGAAUAACUCGUGUACGAAAUUGUUCAAGUAACAAUCUGAUUCUUGGACCUCAAAAGUGCGUUGUGAAACUGCGUUUGUAAAGGUGGAUUCGUGGUUAGUGUUGUAUUUACCAGUUCCGUCUUUAUUUUGUUGAAACUGAAGUGUUUACGUGCUAAAACCGGAGUAUUGUGAGUUAACAUAGCGGUGCUCGGGCUUCGCACUUGCCGUUUAAUGGGAUCUUGUUGAUUAUCAGGUGUUGAAGAGCCGGCAAGAUGCCGGAGGGAGUGGCCAAAGAGGCCAAAGAUGAAAAGAAGUCCAAGGAGUCGCCCCGGCGGCGGCCCGCGGGCAACACCGCCCAUGUUAGGGUGGAGCUCCUUGAUGGGUCCACCAUGACAUUGGACGUUGAAAGAAAAAUCCGCGGCCACGAGCUCCUCAGCAAAGUCUGCGACAGCCUGAAUCUCGUGGAGAAGGAUUAUUUCGGUCUUCUGUACUCUGAUCGCGGCGAUAAUAGAGCAUGGAUCGACCUGGACAAGCGCGUCUCCAAGAUGCUCAAACAUGAGCCAUGGCAGGUGCGUUUCGCGGUGAAAUUCUACCCUCCUGAGCCGGCGCAGCUUCAAGAGGAGCUGACGAGAUACCAACUCGUGCUGGCUGUCAGGAAAGACCUUCUCGAAGGCCGCCUGCCCUGCUCAACGGUGACGCACGCGCUCCUAGCGAGCUACCUCCUCCAAUCAGAGAUGGGAGAUUUUGAAGAGUCCGAAGUAGGCGCCGGCCGCUGCAAGCAGCUGAAGCUAGCCCCGCCCUCCGCCUGCACUCCUGAACUUGAGGAGAAGGUGGUGGAACUGCAUAAGACGCACCGAGGCCAGACCCCCGCGGAGGCUGAGCUCAACUACCUAGAGAACGCAAAAAAACUGGCCAUGUACGGAGUGGACCUUCAUCCCGCCAAGGAUUCUGAAAACGUUGACAUUACUCUAGGAGUCUGCUCUUCUGGUCUCCUGGUGCAUAGAGAGAAACUACGCAUCAACCGCUUCGCCUGGCCGAAGAUCCUUAAGAUCAGCUACAAGCGCCACAACUUCUACGUGAAACUGAGGCCAGGAGAGUUCGAGCAGUUUGAAUCUACCGUCGGCUUCAAGCUUGUCAACCAUCGGGCUGCUAAGAAGCUUUGGAAGACUUGUGUCGAACAUCAUACAUUCUUCAGGUUGAUGUCUCCGGAGCCGCCACCGAAGGGAACGCUCUUCCCCCGGCUGGGCUCGAAGUACCGCUACAGCGGGCGCACGCUGUACCAGACGCACGGCGCGGCGCCGCAGCGCACGCAGCCCAACUUCGCCCGCACGCUCUCCUCCCGCCAGCUCUCCUCCCGCAGCAUGGACGCGCUAGCCGCCGAAGAGAAAGCGAGCACGCUGCCACCGGAGGCGGCUAAGAGAUACACCAUGCCGCCGCAGCCUGCGCCGCGGCCCCCGGCCAAGGACAAGCUGCGGCGCGGCUCCAAGGGGACGGUCAGCGUGUCCUCCGCCAGCUCCAUAGAGGGGGAGUAUCUGGCCGAUAGAGGGGAGAAGAAACCACCCCCUGGUGCUGUGAAGGUAAUGCCGACACCUGAGAAGAAGGAUGAAAAGAAGGUGGUCGAGAGUAAACCCGCUGAGAAUGGAACUGACACUGCCAGCGAUCCAGGCGUCACUAAUAACGUGGACACCACUCCCAAGAAAAACAAGAGCGGAGGUUUUGGCCUAUUCGGUAGUAAAAGAGAGAAAUCGCCUAAAGAAGACAAAUCUCCUAAAGAUAAGUCACCAAAACAGAAAUCUCCUAAAGAUAAAGAUACAAAGAGCAAAGAUCCCAAAGGCAAAGUGGCGGUGCUCGAUACAUCCAACGAGAGCUCUAAUCUCGACACCUCAAAUGAAAAGAGUCCAGAAAAAGAAAAACCAGGCUUCACAAAACCUUACGAAUACACGGACACUGAAAAGAGCCCAUCCCGUACCAAACCCAAGCUCCAAGGAGCCUUCAGUUACGAAAAAGAACCCAUUUCAGACGAGAGACAGAGACAGCUCAACGACAGUCAAAGUCCGACGACGAGGAAAGCUGGACUCGCUUUCAAUUAUGCUCCUGGAGAAGAUAAGAAAGUCGCUGAAAGCGCCGAGAAGAGAAAGACUCCAGAAGACCCAAGCAAACUUAAAACUCCAGGCAUUGAUUAUGUCCAGUCAGCUGCGCUUAAAGAACAAGCUAAAGCUAACCUCAUCGAUCCUACUUUAGCGCUAUUAGAUUCGGAAAGAGCUAUUCAUGAAGUAGGCGCGCCAUUAGCUGCCGUAAUCCCAGCAGCUGCACCUAAACCAGAAAACGAAAUACAAGUCGUCAUUAUAACUGGACGAUACAAUCCCAAGAACAAGAAACUUGACGACGCCAAUGGUACAGUUCUGGUUGUCAAAGGAACGCUUGACAAAGCCACUGGAAAAAUCCAGACUGAAAGAGAACUCAUCGAUACCAAGUCAGGACAAAUAACAUACACGAAUCCUGCUACCGGUAAGCAGGAGAGCAAAAACGGUCACGUCGAUUCCAAGACUGGACAUAUCUUGUUUACUUCUAAUGUCAUUGAUCCUAAAACUGGCAAACUUGACCCAACAUUGGCUCAGCAAUAUUGCUUUGCUGAACAGGCUGCCGAUAAAGUUGGAGCUAAACCAGGGAGAGAGGUCAAUUUGGUGGUAAUCACAAGCAAAUAUGACGGCAAGCACAAGAAACUAGAUGCCGCGCACGGACAUGUAGAUGUUUCAAGAGCAGUAGUGGGCCCAGAUGGCAAAGUCAGCUCCAAUUAUGGCGUCAUUGACCCGCGCACUGGCAAAAUCGAUUACAUCGAUCCGAAAACAGGGAAACAAGAACCUAAACAAGCGUAUGUUGACCAGAAAACAGGCAAUAUCCUAGUCACAACAGGCGUUGUUGAUCCUAAAUCUGGCAAAGUCGAUUCAUCGCUUGGUCAACAGUUCAGCAUUGUUGAGAAAGAUGCCACCAAGGCCAACAGGGAAGUCAGACUAGUUGUUAUUACAAGCAAAUAUGAUCUUAAGAGCAAAAAACUAGACCCCAACUUCGCUCACGUUGACGCAGUUAAGGGCGUACUAAGCGGUACCGACGGUAAGAUUUACACUGACUACGGUAUUAUUGACCCUAGAACGGGCGAUAUUCAGGUCACUGACCCUAAGACUGGCAAACAAGAAACCAAACACGCCGUAGUCGAUCCUAAGACAGGCAAUAUCCUUCUUCUAUCGGGUGUGGUUGAUCCUCGUACAGGACAACUCGAUACGACAUUAGGACAACAAUACAGCAUUGUUGACAAACCUACUGACACUUUCGCCUCAUGCCCUGGAAAGGAAGUUCAGCUCGUUGCUGUCACAGCCAAAUACGACUCUAAGAACAAGAAGUUGGAUACACCCAACGGAUUCGUCGAAACCUCACGAGCCAUCAUCAGCGACAAAGACGGAAAAGUACAUACCAAUUUCGGUAUUCUCGACCCUAACACCGGCAAAGUUCACUACACUGACCAGAAAACUGGCAAGCCGGACUCGAAGCAAGCCGUUGUUGAUGCUAAGACAGGCAGCUUCAUUGUAACCUCAGGCGUUAUCGAUCCGAAGACAGGCAAAACUGAUUCAUCUCUCGCCCAGCAACUUACAGUUGUCGAUAAGGACGCACCUAAAGGCAUUCCUGAGAGGCAUGUCAACUUGGUUAUUAUAACCACUAAGUACGACCCGAAGCACAAGAAACUAGACCUAACCAAUGCUCACGUCGACAGCAUACCUGGAACUGUCGGGACCGAUGAUAAAGUACACACAGCGUUUGGUGUCGUCGAUCCUAGCACUGGUGAAAUAACUGUAACUGAUCCAGUGACAGGCAAACAAGAAGUUAAGAAGGCGUCUGUAGACCCGAAAACUGGCAAUCUACUGCUUACUUCAGGAGUUGUGGAUCCCAAGACCGGACAAACUGAUCCUUCUUUGGGACAACAGAUCAGCAUUGUAGACAAGCCUAAAGACAAAUUCGCUUCAGUUCCCGGCAAGGAAGUCCAGGUAGUCGUUGUCACGAGCAAAUACGACUCCAAAUACAAGAAACUAGACCACCCCAAUGGCCACGUAGAAACGUCCAGAGGAAUAAUGACUUCUGAUGGCAAGGUCCAUACUAACUUCGGUGUGAUUGAUCCUAGGAGCGGAAAGAUUGAACAUGUCGACCCUAAGACAGGCAAACAAGAGAUCAAACAAGCAGUCGCUGAUCCCAAAACAGGACACCUACUUAUCACAUCUGGAGUCGUUGAUCCAAGAACAGGCAAGACUGAUUCGUCUCUCGCUCAACAACUCACUAUCGUCGACAAAGAUGCUAAGCCGCAAGAAAGAGAAGUCCGUUUAGUCAUUAUCACUUCCAAAUAUGAUCCUAAGACUAAGAAAUUAGAUCCUAACGGUCAUGUCGAUUCAGUGAAUGGAACUCUAGGUUCUGACGGUAAAGUCCAUACAUCGUUUGGUGUAGUCGACCCAGCUACUGGCGAAGUGGUCACCAUCGAUCCAGUGACGGGCAAACAAGACGUCAAGAAAGCCACCGUUGACCAUAAAACAGGCAAUCUUUUGGUCACAUCAGGAGUUUCUGACCCGAAGACUGGUCAUGUCGAUCCUACAUUAGGACAGCAAAUAAGCGUUGUGAACAAACCUAAAGACACAUUCCAAUCUGUGCCAGGAAAGGAAGUGCAAUUGGUUGUCAUUACUAGCAAAUAUGAUCCUAAGACCAAGACUCUUGAAAACAGCAACGGACAUGUUGACUCAUCAAGAGGUAUCAAAGCCGCUGAUGGCAGAAUCCAUACCAAUUACGGCAUUAUUGAUCCUAAGACAGGAAAGAUUGAGUGCGUCGAUCCGAAAACAGGCAAGACAGAAGUCAAACAUGCAACUUUCGAUCCGAAGACAGGACAUCUCCUGCUUACAUCGGGCGUGGUCGAUCCGAAGACCGGAAAAGCAGAUGCGUCACUCGCUCAACAGCUUAGCAUUGUGGACAAGGAUGUUAAACCACUAGAAAGGGAAAUCCACUUGGUUAUUAUCACUACUAAAUAUGACCCUAAGACCAAGAAGAUUGAUCCUAGCCAAGGAUACGUAGACACUGUUAGCGGAACUAUCGGGCCUGAUGGUAAAAUCCGUACGGCUAUUGGCGUCGUCGACCCGGCUACUGGAGAAAUCGUCGUGACUAACCCGGCGACUGGCAAGCAGGAAGUCAAGAAAGCGCAGGUGGAUCCCUCAACCGGCCAGAUGCUCGUCACCAGCCAAGUGUUUGACCCGAGAACAGGCAAAGUCGACCCGACUUUGGCGCAGCAAUUCAGCAUCGUCAACAAGACGGUUACACCUCAUACGAAACCAGCGUCGGUCGGCGAGGUCCGCCUAGUAGUAGUGACGAGCAAAUAUGACCCAAGGACCAAGACAGUGGAUGCUGGUGCUGGGACUAUUGACGCCUCAAAGGGUUACGUCAGCGCCGAGGACGGAAAGAUACACACCGACUUCGGUAUCAUAGACCCACGAUCCGGACAGAUCCUCUACAGAGAUCCCCUUACCGGCAAGCAAGAGCUGAAGCAGGCAGAUAUCGACCCGAAAACAGGCAACUUCAUCGUGACGACCGCGGUUGUAGACCCCAAGACAGGCAAGGUAGACCCCUCAUUCGCUCAACAGUUGACGAUUGUUGAUAAGCAGAAUGUGUUGGCUAAAGCACCACUAAGCGUUUCCCCCGUGAGGCAAACCCCAUCACCAGUCAAGACUCCUGCUUCCACGCCAGUCCAUACACCGUUGCAAUCGCCCGUGUCCAAAUCCUCGCCAAUCAUCAGCCAAGUGCAAAGGACGUCACCUACAGUCGCAACUAUUCCCAAAACACCACCAGCCAAACCGACCACAGCCCCACCGGCACCUCCUAGAAGGAAGAUUGUUAAAAUCAUGGUCAUCUUCACCAGGAUCGAUCCUAAGACCAAGAAACCAGACUUACACACUGCUGAAGUUGAACACCUCACUGGUAUUUUGGACCCUAACGGUGUAGUCGAAACUAAAUAUGGUGUUAUUGACAUCAACAAAGGCACCAUCGUCGCUACUGAUUCCGCUGGACAGCAACAGCAAAGAAAUGGAGUUAUCUUACCCGAGACAGGACAAAUCUUCAUCAACUCUGGCGCGAUUGAUCCUAAAACCGGCAAAGUUGACCCCAACUUAGGUAUGAUUUUGAGCGUCACGAAACAAGAUGACCCAGUUGUAGACAUAACGGCCAUCACUGGCCCUAUCGAUCCUGCUACAGGCAAAGUUGAUGUUGACAACAGCACAGUUGAGCUCACUAAGGGCAAAGUUGACGCUGAAACUGGUCACAUCUCCACUAAAUACGGCGUCAUCGAUCCAUCUAAUGAGGUCAUCUUCGUAACGGAUACUUUGGGAGGACAGGACAAGAAAUCUAUCCGUAUUGAUGAAAACACUGGUCUUAUCACCUUAACUGGAGUUACAGAUCCGAAAACAGGCAAAGUAGAUCCAAAACUGGGACAACUAAUUGUCGUUGGUACACAUAUCGACCCCGUUGUAGAAGUCACGACAUUUGUCGGUAAGGUUGAUGCGAAGAAAGGCCUAAUUGAGCCCAAACAUUCCGUCAUAGAGAGCACAACCGGUCAAUUUAAUCCCGACACUAACAAGAUUGACACAAAGUACGGUCAAAUUGAUCUGGUUAAAGGUACUGUUACAUACAACGAUCCUAAGACUGGCAAGUUGGAAAGCAAGGAAGUUAAAGUUGAUCCUGUCACCGGACAACUUUUACUACGCAGCGGACAAGUCAAUCCCAAAUCCGGGAAGCCCGAUAAGGACAUUGGCAGGCUCAUUUGCCUGAGGAUAAUCCAAACUAAAGUCGACCCCGUCUCCGGCAAACAAAUCGUAUCCAAUGAACCCAAGAACGUUAAGGUUGAUCCCAAAACCAACCAGAUCUGGACCGCUGGGCCGAAAGACCCUACAACAGGAGAGGUUCUGUACACCGCUGGACAAAUCGACCCAGUCACUGGUUAUAUCAUCACUAUCUACGGUCGUAUGGACCCGAAGACUGGAAACAUAGUGAGAGCACAUGAAAUCGACAGGUCGCUUAUCAAAGUCGAUCCUAUUAGUGGACAAAUCUAUACUGCUACCGGUCAAGUUGAUGAAGACAAUCAACCUUUGUAUUCCGCUUCUCAAGUAGAUCCAUCCACAGGAGAAAUCUACACGAAAGUCAGCAAAAUUGACCCGAAGACCGGCAGGUUGGUAAUAGUGAAGAUUUACAUCAUAACGCAGAAAGACGAGAAAGGACGCGUCAAGGAGGUCGAUCCUAAAGAAUGCACGAUCGAUGAAACAACAGGCAGAAUCAUCACAACAAAGACUGUCUACUUGUAUCAAAUCAUUGACCCAAUUACUGGUGAAACUAUCGAUGUAGACCCAGAUGACCCAAGACUUAAAGGUGCAAGAACCACUGUCACACAAACCAUGACGUUAUCAGGCAAGAUAGAUCCAGUCACCGGCAGAAUCAAGACGGAAUACGGAGACAUCGACCCAGAUACGGGAGAUAUAGACCCGAGUACCGCCGUCAGAGACCCAGUUACCGGACAGCUAAUAUUACAUUACUCACAAAUAGAUCCAUCGCACUUCGAAGACAAGAGCGGUAACUACACGAUAGAAAAGGAAACUCAAGAUCUCCCAGCCACUAUUGAUAUCCAGAAAGUCAAUACCCAUAAAUUCUCAACGUUCGGCAAAGACGAAAGCCCUGUAAGAGGUGACGAGCCCAAGGCAUUCACAGAGUUCACAACGAGCGAGCAUAUAACGCACCAAGGCUACGUGUCGUCAAACACCCCUCUAUCCUCAAAGAUCCCAGUCUCGCAGCGAGCCAAGAAGACCCCCACUCCGCCCGUCGUCGUCAAGACCACCACCAAACAGCUUCUGACCAAGAAUGACGAGGGCGUCACGCAUAAUGUCGAGCAGGAGGUCGAGAACCUCGGCACUGGCGAGGUCACAUUCUCCACACACACCAAUAAGGCGGAAAGCCUAGAGCCGCUGGAGACUGGAAAGAGCCCGUACGUCACGGCGAGGGCCGUCACCACCAGGACGGCGACAACGCACCACGAUCUCGACACCAAGGCGAAGACGCAGCAGAUGGAAGAGAAGACAGUAGCCCAUACCCUAACUUCAUCAGCCACGAGGCAAGAACAGCGGGUUUUGACGCAGGAAGUCAAAACUAUGGUCACUACCGGUGAUAAGCAUCAGAUAACCCGACGCGGCUCAGAGAGCUCAAUCUCUAGCGGAGAUUCCGGCACACCCAUCGACUUCGAAGAAGGCGCCGGGGAAGGUCACUACUACACCACCGAACCCGGAUCGUAUAGGACUACCACCACGACCAGCGUAAUGGGGAACGCUCCGUUCGGCAGCAUGGUUCACGGGGCCACCACCAGGACAACAACAAGCGCAGGGGAGCCUGAAGAGACGACGAUCAACGAGGACGGCGAAAUUGUGUCCUCGCAAACCAUCAGCUCGAAGACGCGCACGGUCGAGACCAUCACCUACAAGACGGAGCGGAAUGGAGUAGUGGAGACGCGCGUAGAACAGAAGAUCACCAUUCAAUCCGACGGAGACCCGAUAGACCACGACCGAGCGCUCGCCGAGGCCAUACAGGAGGCAACAGCGAUGAAUCCAGACAUGACGGUCGAGAAGAUAGAAAUCCAACAACAGAGCACGCAGCCGUAACAGGACACCGAGUCGCCAACCCGCACCGAGAGCGCGCGAACCGCUCCACUAGUCGACCAUACAAACACACAACCUUAGAUAUACACCAUGGUUGUUGCACAAUGCUAAGUUUAAAGACGACUUGUUAGACUUUAACAAAUUAAAAAAUAUUUGAAGUACAACCCUUUGCCAGGCUGACAUUUCAAUAAUGACUAUCGAUUUUCAGUCUUACUCAUAGGAAAUAGAACACAUGUUUGUGCCGUAUGUGGGAAAAUAUAUCCCUUAGCCUGGUCAAGGGUUAACCUCUCAUGGGGUAGAAAAAAAUGACAUUCAUAGCGUUUUCAGUUGAAUUUUACCCCUUUUUAAAUAAACCUAUGAGUAUUUUAGUAAAUUUUUUUUAGAACAACAAACUAAUUUUACCGGAAAUAAGUCCUUUUUGUUCGUUUGUAUUCUCUGGUAUGGUUGACUAGUGAAAGCGGUUUAAAUAAAAUAAGGUCGACUAGUGCAAUGCAAUCAAAAUGGCGGAUCUCCACAAAAUGGCCGCCACGUUUCUUAAACUUGUAUGUAAACUCUACAUACGAUAGUUCUAAGCGACAACACUGCGAAUAUUAAUAUAAGUUACGCUAUACUAUUAUUAAUUAAUUAUGAAAGUUAAUUAAUCUUUUAUUGGAUGUUGUGACGUCGAAACGCACCUACGAUUUAUUUUAUCUUGCAAUUUUAUUUGUAUAAAUAAAUGUAAGUUUGGCAAUGAUAUUCAAGCAUUUUUAUAAGGCUUAGUAUAGGUUCAACGCAUUUCAUACAACCAAUUUUAUCAGGUCUACCGCGAAUUUUUUUGCCUCUCUAUCGCUCGAAUACGCAAGAAAGAGAUGCAGAAAACGAAAUUUCAAUUUUCGCGGUGUGUUCUCAGGCUUUGUAGAAAUAAAUGUUGCCAUAGUAAAAAAAGUGUUCGUGUAUUAAAAAUAUAAUAACGUUUCAAUAUUAAUAAUGUUUUCAAUAUGGGAUAGCUUUAAAACAAUGUCACACGAGGUAAACCACCGUUUUUUAGAUUAUAAAAAAUGAUAUUUUCUCUCUCUUGAUUAAAACCACUACAAUGUAAUGCGGGACUAAUAAUAAAUUGUUUAACGCUCGACUUUCGUUACUUCAAAAGAAAAAAAAAUACGUAAAAAAUUGCCAACCCUAAAAAUAUAAAGUACUGGUAAUAUUAAAAAACUCUGAGGGUUUAACAAAAUGGUUAACCAGACGAACGCAAAGUCGGGCACUUCAAAAAUUAUAUGUUAAAUUAAAUAUAUAAUAUAUGACGUGUUGCUACAACUUCUAAUAUAUUUCACUACUUAGGUGCUACUACUUAGUCGAUAGGAUCAGAGGUCGGACAUGCUCAGUCGAAGCGAGUGCAAUUAGGGACUCUAGUGCCUUGACGAUAACACUCAUUAUCGCAUAACUUUUUCACGUAAAGUGAAAUCGUUUGACCAAUCAGCGUACUCGAUUUUAAACCAAUCGGAGAGCUGCAAGUUGGGCGAUUGCUUAGGGUUGUCAAAAAGCCCGGUGUAAUAAAAAGAAAAUAUUAAAGCAUGCGUUUUGACUGAUCGUUUUCGACCGACUGCGUAACUUGUGUUUGCGUCUCGUGUUCGUUUACGAAAUUCAUUUUAAUUAAUGACGAUGCAUAGUGGUCAAUGUUUAGGAUUAAUGUUAGGGCCAGUUGAGCAUUUUUUUCUAUGCAUGCACAAUAAAAAUGACAACCGUGGAAGGGUCCGCGGCGGAACAAAAAUGAACCUCAUUACAAUAUACAUAAGGUACUUUUUAGUGGGCCCAUUAUAAAGCAGCUAUAUAGCUUGAAGCUCAUCGAUGUCGUGUACCGUAACUCCAUUAUAUAAACGUUAUAUAACUCAUAUAAGUCAUAAUUCCGGACAUUCCAGUAUACCUGAUAUAUCACAAAUUCGUAUAGUAAUUUUACGCUAGAACAUGACAGUUUCUUUUUUUUUAAUAAUUUUAAUCACAAACUCUGCGGGUAAAGUAAAAAUCUGUAAAAACUGCCGUUCGAAAUCAUACCUUAUAAAAAGGUGAAUAGGAUUGAUUUCUGAACGACAGGUUGAAUAUGAUCUUGCGAAAAUAAUAGAUCGAUUCAACUUUGCUUUAUACCACAUACGCAAUCCCAGUUAUCUUUAUAUUGUAAAUGAGUAUGUGGAUAAAAUACCCGCAGAGUAAUCACAUUUUAUAAAUAAUAUGCAGUAGCUUAAUUUUUGAAUAAUGACAAUUAAUUGUUUGAAAAAGUCUUGGUUGAUUCUUUACGAAGUGGUAACCCUAGAUUUUGUUGCUGAUUAAAGUUGGGCUACUGCUUUUAUUUAUUUACUGUGGCAUCAGGUAAGUCAAUGAUACUGAUAUUGUACAAUUAUUAUUAAUAUAUUUCUUACACGCUAGACGUAAUGUUUUGUAUUAGUAUAAGUUUAUAUUAUGAAGUUGACGCUGAUUUUAAAUCAGAUUUAAGUGUAAUAUUCUUUUCUGUACUUUUUUAUCAAUUUGACAUAUGGAUCUUCAAUAUGUCACAAUGCGAUAUGUCACUAUUUAGAUUUAAUAUUUCGAUAUAUCUCUUCCAUACCUAUAUUAUAAUAGCAUUUGCAUCAUGGUAUAAUAAUAUACUCCGCCUGGUACUCUCUUGCCGUCUUUUCUAGGUCACCUGACUGACACAAGCCUACGUCAUCAUGCGACAGCGCUAUAUGAUAAUAUGCGAUAGCGCUAUAUAUAGCGGCCAUGUUAAUGUGACGUAGGCUUGUGUCACUCUGGGUAGAGAAGACCAUGUUUUAUUAGACUAUGCAUUUGCAUCAUAUUGUACCUAAAAAGCUACCUAAGUCCAGUCCAUCGUAUAUAGAUGAAGUGCAUAAUUGUUUUCCAUCGUAUUUUCUCGGAAACGUUCGUAUUUGUCAUGCUACUUCAGUCAACCUCAGUACUUUUUGUACAGAGACUGACUGAAAUAGCAAGACACAUUCGUACGUUUCCGUGAAAAUACGAUGGAAAAUAAUUGUGCUACAUCUGUGUAAAUAUUUAUGAAGCUUAAAGAAGAUAAACCACAUUGUGACAUGUUGAAAAUUAUUGACAAAAUACGUUCUUUAGGAAAAAAUAUCACACAAAUGAUAUCUGCAACUUUUUGAAGAAACAAAGACCUUAUGUGUUCUGUUCAGAGUUGAAAAUAGAGUGACAGAUAUUCUUAAGGUACAGUCGUCAUCAGAUAUAUCGGAGCGGUCAAGGCGCUCACAAAUAUCUGAACAAGCUUCUAAUGUCAAAGCGUUAGAGUGCGUGUUCAGAUAUUGUGAACACCUCGGCCGCUCCGAUAUAUCAGAUGGCGACUGUAUAUGUGAUAUUUUUGCCUAAAGUCCGCCUUUGACUUGUGUUUGUCGUAUAUUUAUUGAGAUGUUUAUUUUUCUAAGAGUCCCAUCUCCGUAUUAUUUUGUAUUUAACGAGAAGUUAUGGAAUAAAUUACAAUAAAGAUGCUUUGUUUUAAAA